AUGUCUGAUCUCUGCGAACUGAGAUCGCAGGUGAUGCGGCGACAGACUGCAGCCGCCAAGGAGACGCUGGCUCUGCCGGAGGAGACGCUGGCCGAGUACAAGCUGAAAAACUCUCGCCUGAAAUUGAAGGUGGAGAGGCAGCAGAGGCUCCUGGACGCCAUCUUGCUGCCGGAGGUGCGACUGCACAGAGUGGUGUGUAAAGAGGAGGUCCCCCCUGAGCAGCUUCAGCGGACCCCCAGUCUGGAGUUUGAGCCCCCACACAUUAAGGAGGAACAGGAGGAACUCUGCACCAAUCAGCAAGGAGAGCAGCCUCAGGAUAUCACCAGGCUGCCGUUCACUGCUGUCCCUGCGCAGAGUGAGGAUGAUGAAGAGGAAGCUCAGUGGAGCAGAGACGGCCGCCGCUCCACUGGACAGAUGGAAGGAAAGAGUACAUUCCCCUGCUCACUCUGUGGUAAAGGGUUUACACAGAAAGGACACCUCAAGAUACACAUGAGAACCCACACUGGAGAGAAACCAUUCGACUGCUCACUCUGUGGUAAAGGGUUUACACAGAAACGAACCCUCAAGAUACACAUGAGAAUCCACACUGGAGAGAAACCAUUCGACUGCUCACUCUGUGGUAAAGGGUUUACCACGAGUGGACACUUCAAUGGACACAUGAGAAUCCACACUGGAGAGAAACCAUUCAUCUGCUCACUCUGUGGUAAAGGGUUUACACAGAAAGGAAACCUCAACAUACACAUGAGAACCCACACUGGAGAGAAAUCAUUCGUCUGCUCACUCUGUGGUAAAGGGUUUAUCGAGAAAGGAAACCUCAAGAUACACAUGAGAAUCCACACUGGAGAGAAACCGUUCCCCUGCUCACUCUGUGGUAAAGGGUUUAUCGAGAAAGGAAACCUCAACAAACACAUGAGAAUCCACAUUGGAGAGAAACCAUUCAUCUGCUCACUCUGUGGUAAAGGGUUUAUCGAGAAAGGAAACCUCAACAAACACAUGAGAACCCACACUGGAGUUAAACCGUUCGUCUGCUCACUCUGUGGUAAAGGGUUUACCAUUAGUGGACACCUCAAGCGACACAUGAGAACCCACACUGGAGAGAAACCGUUCGUCUGCUCACUCUGUGGUAAAGGGUUUACCGAGACAGGACACCUCAGUGACCACAUGAGAACCCACACUGGAGAGAAACCAUCCGUCUGCUCCGUCUGUGGUAAAGGGUUUACACAGAAAGGACACCUCAAAAGACACAUGAUAACCCAUGUUGGGGAGAACCUGUAGAGACGCAGUCCUGCAUGCAUGUGUGUUUAUUGUUGUUUAUUGUUUAUUAGGAUCCCUAUUAGCUUUUGUCAAGACAAAAGCUAGUCUUCCUUGGGUCAAUCACAAGAAUAAAAACAUUACAUAAACCAUCAUUUCACA